UCCUGCGAAACCUUUAUAUAGUUUCAUUCGGUUCAGCUCUCAAGCCUACGACCGUAGAGCUUCCAAUGAGUUUCUGAGUGAGUAACUUUCGACGCCGAUAAACCGUUCGAAGAAAGUCCCCUUAGACAUUGAAACAUCCCCUUUUUGCUGCACAAGUUUCAUUCCACAAACAACGCUAAUACUAAAAAAAUGGAUUGCAUGUUGUCAUCCAUCACCACAUAUCCUUUCAUGAAUCUGAAAGGAAAGGUACAAAAGAGAAUUUGUGUUACUACCCUGGCGCAUCCUAACACAAGAAUUUGCUAUAGGAAGCUACCCAAGAAUCGCCGUUAUCCGCGUCGCACCAAACUUCCUCCUGACUUUGGCGUCAACUUGUUCUUGCAGAAACCUACAAAUGGAACCGACACGCCCACGGACGCUGAACAAAUAAAUUCAAUUGACGAUCACAAUGAAUCCCCUGAAGAAAAAGAAGAACAAGAAGAUCGUGUUAAUAUUGAUCCUGUUUGGGAAUCAUAUGAGAUUGAAGCAAUAUCGUCACUUUUUCAGGGAAGGAUCCCUCAAAAGCCUGGAAAAUUAGGCAGAGAGAGGCCUCUUCCUCUCCCACUUCCUUACAAGCUACGGCCACUUGGAUUUCCUACGCCAAAGAAACACGUUAAGUCGGCUUCUCCUGAGGUAUCCUCCUCUCGCGCUUCUGUAUCCAAACAAUUAUACAAGAACCCGACCUUUCUUAUUGGCUUAGCCAGAGAGAUUAAAGACCUGGCUUCCGAUGACGAUGUGUCUGCAGUCCUCAAUAAGUGGGCUCCUUUUUUGCUUAAGGGUUCGUUGUCAAUGACAAUUCGAGAAUUGGGUCACAUGGGUCUUCCACAAAGAGCUCUGCAAACUUUCUGUUGGGCUCUGAAGCUGCCUCAGUUGUACCCGGACGAUAGGAUUUUGACUUCGACUGUUGAAGUAUUGGCUAGGACGCGUGAAUUAAAACUGCCCAUCAACUUGGAGAAGUUCACUAUCUCCGCGAAUCGUAGUCUGAUUGAGGCGAUGGUGAAAGGGUUCAUCAAGGGUAGAAGCUUGAACCUUGCUUGGAAGCUCUUUUCAGUUGCUAAGCAAAGUAAAAGAGUGCUGGAUCCAAGCAUUUACGCCAAGUUAAUAUUGGAGCAUGGAAAGAAUCCUGAUGAACACAUGCUUGUAGUGGACUCACUGGAUGAUCUUGGAGAAAGAGAUGAUUUGAAUUUGAGUCAGCAGGACUGUACAGCGAUCAUGAAGGUCUGCGUUAGGCAUGGGAAGUUUGAGAUUGUGGAGAGUUUGUUUAACUGGUUCAAGCAAUCAGGGCGUGAGCCGAGUGUGGUGAUGUACACAACACUGCUUCAUAGUCGUUAUUCCGAGAAGAAAUACAGGGAAGCAUUAGCUGUUGUUUGGGAAAUGGAGGCCAGGGAAUGUCUCUUGGAUCUUCCUGCUUAUCGUGUAGCAAUAAAGCUUUUUAUUUGCCUGGAAGAUGUGUCGAGAGCUGUGAGAUAUUUUUCCAAACUCAAGGAAGCUGGUUUCUCUCCAACAUACGACAUGUAUCGAGACAUUAUUAAUAUGUAUAUGGUUUCAGGGAGAGUGAGCAAGUGUAAGGAGGUUUGUAAGGAGGCGAAGAUGGCGGGGUUUUCAUUGGAUAAAGAAACCUUGUCAAUUUUGUCACAACUGGAGAAAGACAUUUUAGAUUAUGAAUUUAGGUAUUAAUUUACUUCACCAUUUUCAUGCUUAUUAUAUCUUAGAAUAUAUGUAUAAAUUGGUGUUUCCUGUGCAUUGUGACAUAAAUCUCAUUUAUUAAUCUGGCCCCUAAGGGUCUCG